GCUGCUUUACAGUUGUUAUAUGAUGUCCCAUUAAGUGAGAGUACAUUAGUUGAAUCUAUUGUAUUAUUUACUGACGGUAAAGCUAACUUUGGUAUUAAAGACAGAGAACCGCUAGCCAAAGCAACAAAGUCAAUGGUUAAUGAGAUUGGUCGUCAAGUGUGUGUAUUCACAUUAGGCUAUGGCAGUGAUCAUGAUUCUGAUACAUUGCAUGCUAUCUCUGAUGCUGGAAACGGUUUGUUUUAUUUCGUUGAAAAUAAAGACAGCAUCCCUGACAGUUUCUGCGACUGUCUUGGAGGACUACUCAGCAUUGCAGCACAAAAUCUGGUGCUGACACUCACUGUUAAUGAUGAGUUGUGUCGAAUGGUAAAGCCUCCGUUGACAUCCUAUGUGACCGAAUCAUGUCCAAAGCAGACAUACAAGAUCACAAUACCUGAUAUAUACUGUGAAGAAGAGAAAUGCAUACCGAUACAUACAAGACUCCUCGCUGCCUCAUCAACUGCUGGUUGUAUUGAAUCAAAGGCACAAAUUCUCUCUUGCUCUCUGACUUACUUUGAUGUCCUCCGCUGCUCACCAAAGACCACUACAGCUACUGGAGCAGUCCUAGUUAGCAAAGAGAUAUCCGAUCCAGUUAUAGACAAAGAAUAUCAAGAGGACAUUGAACUACACCUCACUAGAUAUGACGUUGCUGAAGCAAUAUCCUCAGCUACUAAACUAGCCGAUGAAGGUCAGCUUGAAUCAGCCAGAGCUGCCCUCCAUCGCUGCAAAGCUCGCAUCAAGAAGAGUGUUGUGUUUGGUUUGCCACUUGCAAAGUAUUUUGAGGAGACGAUUGAUGAGUCCUUGAAAGGUUUAGCGUCCCAGUCGCAUUAUUCUGGGCACGGUAAACCCUCAAUGAUGAAUUACAGUUUAUCUCAUUAUCAGCAACGAUCCCACGGAGCUGGAGCUGGAGCCUCUUCAAUAUCGUCUGAUAGGAGUGGAGCAUCUCCUUCUCGCCUCUCUUCUAAUCCUUAUACUAAUGCCAAGAAAUCAUCAAUGAAGUUUGCAUAUGCUAAAGUACAUUUUGAUAAGUAAUGUAUAUUGUUGUGUAAUUGUAAUGCUGCCUCGUCCAAGUUUGCAUGGUUAACAUUUGUUCACAAUGUAUAGUCUUGUAUUGUAAUUUAAUUGUGUAAGCAUUUAAUUGAAUAUUUAUAAUCAUUCCAAGAAAACGAUAUUCAUACGGUA